AUGCAUGCUUUACAGAUAUACAGUGUAAUUGGCCGAAACGACGGUGAAGAAGGUGCCAAGAAACUGAAACACAUAUAUGAAACGAUUGGUUUCGGAGAAGUUGAACGUCAUUGUAUUGUGGCGAUGGCGCAAACAACCGAUGAAAAUGUUUUGAAGUCAUUCUUCAAAUACGCUGUUGAGGAU